AUGAAAGAGAGCGCCGGUAGGGAUGGCCACCGAACUCGGGUGGCUAUAGACCACACUAAGAGCUCUCUGACCAACAUUGAGUCGACCGCCGAUUCAGCCACAGGUCAACCGCUUUCAACCGCUUGUGAACCCAAGAGUCCAUCGCAUAUCUCAUCGACAGCUUCCACAUCGUUAUCGUCUCCCAACUUGACUCCCAAUCCCUGUCCGCCGAACGCCUCCCUCUCGUCCCAAACAUUACCUAAUCGUCCAAUCAAUCCAAACAACACUAACCCUAAGAAUAGCGGAUCAAAUCCCACGUCAAGCGCUAAUCAGAGCAGCACUUCAUCCAAUCCGAGCGCCACUAACUUUGACGACGAUUACAACGAAUGGGAACUCGGAAUCGGAGAUCUCAUCAUUGAUUUAGACGCUGACAUCGAGAGACAAACUAAUGAUAAAAGUGGUCAACAAAACGGUUCCGCAAUAAGUGUUGCAAACAGUAAAACAAUUGAAACUAAUAGUGAAUCUUCUGGUGUAAGAGGAUUAGCGACUCUAAUAGACAACUGUAGAUCUGAUCCCACUUGCGGUGCCAUCACAACCAUUAUUGGCGGAAAGUCUUACGAAGCGAAGCACGAGAUCGUGUCCUCCGAUAUAAGCGCCGCUAAAUACUCGUCCAGAGAUCACAGCUCUGGCAGCUCUUCGGCCAACUCCAGCAGUGGCUCUACGGGUGACCACAAUCAGGGUAUGUCUGCAACGAAUUCGUGCACCUCUUCUGUGAUCUCUCCGUUAUCUUCUUCGACGUCAGACUUUAAGUCAACCAAACAUUCAAAUAAAGGCAGAAGUGGUAGUCAUAGAGACAAGAAGGAUAAGAACAGAGAUAAGGAUAAGACAAGUGGUUCUAACACUAGUGUUAACGCAACCAGUGGUGCAGUUGUGUCUUCUUCUUCGUCUUCAGCCAACAAAAUCAAUUCAACGCUUUUGACGACCAAAAUGUCAUUCAAACCAAGUAUUACAUCGAAUGAAGUAAACGGUUCCGUCACUACAACAAAGCCCACCAAUGAUUGUCCCAUCACUACAAACCCUUUGCCAACCAAUUCGACCCCUAAUCUCAACACAAGUACUUCGAUCUCACGGCUCACUCCUUCGUCGACCGUCACAUCCAUGUCUUCAAAUGCACUGGCAUUGAAGUACUCGUCGCCAUCUCUCAACCCAACUGUGAUCAUAAGAACCGAUGAGUUGACCAAAAAUAUCCCAUCGCCUCACAAGAAAAUCAAACUCGACUCCAAACCCGAAGAGAGUAUUUCUGCGACACGAGAUACGGGCACAUCUACCAGCGUUGGAACCAUUACGGAACCCGACUGUUUGGGUCCCUGCGAACCGGGAACUAGUGUUACCUUAGAGGGCAUCGUAUGGCAGGAGACCGAAGGAGGUGUGUUAGUGGUGAACGUGACGUGGAGAGGGAAGACAUAUGUGGGCACAUUGUUGGACUGUACAAAGCACGACUGGGCGCCGCCCAGGUUUUGCGAAUCGCCCACAAGUGAUAUGGAGUCCAAAAAUAAUAAGAAUAGUCGCGGAAAGCGAUCGCGAACUGCAAACAUAGCCAAUGACGCGGCGGUCGACAGUCGGGCCGUUCAGAGCAAACUCCGUAACGGAAAGGGUCGCCGAACUGCUAAUUCUGGGUUCACAGUACCGGCGAGUCCGGCCAAGAGUGACAGCAGUGCGACCUCCAGUUCUAAACGCAAAGGCAGACCGUCUGAUCUGGAGUUGAGUCCAGUCACUGAAGCCGUUAGUAAUAACAAUAAUAAUAUGAAAGGAAACAAAAGAAAUAGAUCUCAAACACGCAAUACUUCGGUGUCGAGCGCUUCCAGCGAACCGAACACACCUGUGGCUCAGCCCUCAUCACCCGUUCUGAUUGAGUGUCCGGAACCCAAUUGCAGCAAAAAAUACAAGCAUAUCAACGGUCUUAAGUAUCAUCAAACGCACGCCCACUGCCACGACUCGCAAACCACAUCCACUGACGCCAACGCAGCCAAAGAUGCGCUCACGUCUGACAACGAGGACAACAAUCUCGACUCGACGAGUGUGCCCUCCAGUCCCAGUCGAGUCAUCGCCGAAGACAUGACACCCGAACCUAACGAUAACGUCAGUUCAAACUUAUCCACAUUGGCUUCGGUUGCGAUCGAAACGAAUGAAACGUCAAAAACUGAUUCGAAAGACGAAAUCGAGAAGUCGUCUGCAGUGUUGACGACGGCGUCUAUGAGUGCAAGUUGUGCGGCCACUGGAGGCUCGUGUGUGACCGUCUCGACCGGUGUCGCCACCGCUACUCCAGUGACGAGCAGUCCAUCGCUUGCGAACAGUGCCAACACAUUCCUAGUCUCGAAUCAAUCCUCUUAUCUCAUCGAUCAGAAUAUCAAAAUCGAUACCACUUUAAGUGAUAAUAAGAUUAAGCCCUCGAAUACGGGAUUAACUCUAACUAUGAGACCAUUGGCUCCAAUGCCGGGCAUUAACAGCGCAAUGAUUGCCGCGUCCGCUAACCUGANUCUCAUCGAUCAGAAUAUCAAAAUCGAUACCACUUUAAGUGAUAAUAAGAUUAAGCCCUCGAAUACGGGAUUAACUCUAACUAUGAGACCAUUGGCUCCAAUGCCGGGCAUUAACAGCGCAAUGAUUGCCGCGUCCGCUAACCUGAAACCCAUUCAACCGAAGCCCACAAUUUUGGGCGAACCCUUCGUUAUGAACCCAUCGCUUGAAGGACUUAAGAAAGAGAAAUCAAAGCACAAAAAGAAAAGCAAAGAUAGAGAUCGCGAGAGAGACAAAGACAAGGAUAAGGAGAGAGAAAAGGACAAAAAGUUUGCGAUCGAUAAUUCGUUGAGUGUUUUGAGUAAUUCUUCCAUAACUGACACAAAGUUUACAUCAAAAUCCAUGGAAUUAUCAAAAGCCGUGUCCGAAGAAAGUGAGGCCAAGACUGUGAGCUCAUUGGAUACACCGGCAACUGAUGAUCUGUUCUCUCGCGUCGAUUUAGUGAACACAAGCACUUCCAGACCCAUCAACUUUGACCUCCCAUUCAAAACAAUGAAUGCCAAUAAUGUGUGCGAAUCCGACUCAACGGACAAUAAGAUAGCGGCCAAUGAGGUGUCAAUAGAGAACGUUCGGAGUCCCGCCUAUUCAGACAUAUCGGACGCCAACGACACGACCCCUUCCAUCGAAACCACUGAAAUGGAAAGCAUUGAUAAGUCUGAGGACAACGUGACGGCCGACAAUACAAAUGCAGACAUUUCGAGCCAAAGCUCGCCGUCGUUUCGUCUCUACCCGUAUUUCAAUCAAAGCCAAUACCUGCUGCCCGUCAGUGCUUCCAACCCUCCGGACAUCCCUCAGACGCCUCAGUGCUCCUCAUCUGGUCUUCAGGACAGCAAUAAGAACAACGAAACUGAGUUCUCGCGUUCGGUCGGAGCAAAGCGGCCACGAGUUAACUCAGACCAAAGCGACAAAAGCCGAUCAGAAGAUUCCAUGUCUAAUGCAAAGAACAUUUGCGACUCAUCACCACUGCCAUCGAGUACUCCUCCAGAAAAUAUGCAGGAUUUCGCUUCAGUCACUCAGACCUAUCCAUACGGCGUGUCGUCAUAUAUGCAAAGAUAUCCCGGAUAUCCAAUUGAUCCCAAUUAUCACAUGCAUCUCAUGGCUAAUGAUCCACACUAUAAGGAACAGUGCGAACGAUAUUUAGAUCACGAGCGGCUCUUUAAGGAGCAAACGGACAAAGAGAAACUCAUUUCCCCGCAAAACAAUAAACCAUUGGAUUCUUCGACCAAACAGUUUGCAAACAAAUGCGUCCCAAUUGUGAAGCCAUUGUCUCAACCGUCGAGAAGUGAUUCCACAUUUGAUUUGAACCCAAUUUCUACGAAUAUCAAAGACAAACAAAGCGAAAACAGACAAAUUCUUAAAGAAAAUCAUGAAUUAAAGUCCCAAAUGGACGCCCAAAACAGUAAGAAUAGACACACGAGUCAAACAACUCACCCAAACAUGUCGUCCGUUCCUUUUGGACCGAUGUUUGAGAGACACAGAGAAGACCACUCGAAGCGAUAUUUUAUGGACAGUUUGAUUGAACAUCAGACUAAAGGAGAUAUGGAUUCGCACUCGAGUGCAGUCGUGGGUCCGCCACCGCUACUCAAAGAUGGUAUGAAUCGCUCAAAGAGUGAUUCAUCCAAGUCUUCUGUUUCGAGUUCCAGUCAUAAGCACUCGACUUCUCCCUCACUCUCACACUCUAGUCCUAAACCAAAAGAUGGUCUCAAAAAAGACAAAUUAAUUGACGAAAAGGACGACAAAAGCAAAAUCAAGAUGAAAGAGGAGGGCGUGAAGCCCACGAUGGAAACCACUGGACCGCCCCCUCCGCCCACAAACGGCUACUAUUUCGGGCCCUCGUAUUUAGCGCCACACUUCUCGCCCUACGAACACUCGCACCCAAUGUUUAGGGCCGGCUCUAUGAGCCCCGUAAUGAUGGGAAACCCAUAUUCUGGCCAAUACUUACCGCCACAACUUCGUUACCAUUUGUCUCCUGUGGCGCCUCCCAGUCCUAUUGGAUCGAUGGACAUACCAGUGGGCACGCCAUCAAUGAAUCCGACUCAUCCGCCGAGUGAUCCUUUAGUGUCUAAAAUGCAUUCAAACGCACCGAACGCUAAGAAUGUGGAUCUCUUACAUCCCGUUUCACACUUUGGAUCCCAUAAAAUACAUGAACUCCAAGAAAGAGCUUUAAUAUCGCCCACAGCGACAACCAAUACAAGUCCUCAUCACAUCCAGUCCUCGUCAAAGACAGUGUCAUCGGGUGGUAUACCUGUGCCCACCACUAAACCUAUCGGUCCCACUAUUUCUGAUUGUUCUGCUCUCUCGAGUCCCGGCAAAGAAGAGAACGCGGAUAUGAAGUCAGGCGAUCGGCAGCGUUCACCCCCUCCCCAGCGACACCUCCACACCCAUCAUCACACACAUGUGGGCGUCGGGUAUCCCAUCUAUGAUCCCUAUAGCGGCCUCAGUUGUGGACUUCUUGAGACCAAUGAUCGUAAGCCAGUCAGCGGCGGUAUCGAUGCAUCCAUUUGUUCCGAAGUGAUGGUAACGUUUGGCGAUUAUAUAACAGUUUCAUUAAUCUUCUGA